AAGUUGCGGGGUGAAUAGCACGCGGCAAGUCUGAUGGUCAAAAAUAUUGGCUGGGAGUUUUCCACCCCGCAAACUUUUCCUAAUAAUCACACGUAUCCCUUCCAUUUCCCCAGUUUCAGUCUCAGACAUUAGAACCAUUUCUUCCUCUCUCUCUCUCUCUCGUUUCACCAAAAAAUACUCACCGCAAACCUCACCAAAAACCCUAAAAAUCACAUUUUUUCUCCAAAUCAACACAUCAAGACUCAUUGUAAAGUUGCUGGGUUCAAAAUAUAUUUCUGUUGCUGCGUUUUAACUCUAUUAGGCGUUGUGUUUCUUCUCAUUUUCUUCAUCCAACCCAUUAUUAAGUAUGGAAAAUUACAAGUUCUAUCGUAGUUGGAUGUACGAUCGUAUGUAUGCUGGGAGACGUGGACUUAAACCACUUUUUGAGGAAGGAGUUAAAUUGUUUAUUACAUGGGCAUUUGAUCAAGAAUGUUGUCGGGAAGAGGGAGGAGUGAGAUGUCCGUGUCUUAAAUGUGGAUGUAGACGUAUAAUAAGUGAUCCGAAAGAAGUAGAAACUCAUUUGAAGAGAAAGGGAUUUAAGGAAAAUUAUUGGGUUUGGACAUCAAAUGGGGAAGAAAUGCCGAUAAAUAUGCCAGAGACUAGUAAUUUCCAACAUGGCUCAAGUAGUCGAUCACAGAUGGAAUAUAAAGAACAGUUUAAUCUACACGAUGACAUGAUUGGCGAUGCUUUAGGGGUUAACGUGGCCUACGAUGAACAACAAGAUAGUGGCGAUGAGGAAGAGUUGCCGAAUGAGAAAUCUCAAAAAUUUUACGAGUUGUUGAAAGAAAUAAACACGCCAUUGUUUGAGGGUUCGUCAGACUCUAAAUUGUCUAUGUGUGUGAGAUUGUUGGCUGCAAAAUCAAACUGGAAUGUUCCUGAUCAGUGUCUGGAAUUCUUUUGUCAAAUGAUGUUGGAUGCGACUCCUACGAAAGACAAUUUGCCUAGAAGUUAUUAUGACGCGAAGAAGUUGGUUAUGAAGUUGGGAUUAGAAGUAACGAAGAUUGAUUGUUGCAUUAGAGGUUGCAUGUUGUUUUAUGACAAUGAGUUUGGUACAAACGAUGGAGCGUUAGAGGAAUGUAAGUUUUGUAACAGUCCAAGGUAUGUAGUUCGCACUAAAACCAUUGAUCAUAAGAAAAAACGCAUAGCAGUGAAAUCAAUGUUUUAUCUACCGAUAAUACCAAGGUUGCAGAGAUUGUUUGCUUCAAUGCACAGUGCAAGUCAAAUGACCUGGCAUCAUACAAACAAAACAAGUACAAGCACUAUGCGACAUCCAUCUGAUGGUGAAGCAUGGAAGCACUUUGAUCGGAUGCAUCCUGAUUUUGCCGCAGAACCUAGAAAUGUCAGACUUGGAUUAUGCUCAGAUGGUUUUACUCCAUAUGUCCAACAGUCGGGAACUGGAUAUUCUUGUUGGCCGGUUAUUGUUACUCCUUACAACCUCCCCCCUGAGAUGUGCAUGACAAAGCCUUACAUGUUUUUGACUUGCCUCAUUCCAGGGCCGUCGAGUCCAAAAGCAGGAAUUGACGUGUAUUUACAGCCUUUAGUUGAUGACUUAAAGAGGUUGUGGAUUGGAGAAUGUACUUAUGACAUAUCUCGUAAACAAAACUUCAACAUGCGAGCUGUUUUGAUGUGGACUAUUAACGAUUUUCCUGCAUAUGCCAUGUUGUCUGGUUGGGGUACACAUGGUAAAAUGGGACGUCCUCAUUGCAUGGAUAAGACGAAGGCGUUUACAUUGGAUAAAGGAGGAAAAAGUUCGUGGUUUGACUGUCAUCGUAGAUUCCUACCAAAAAACCACAUACUUAGAAAAAACAUGAAUGAUUUCAGAAAAGGUAUAAAAGUAACAGAUCUUCCUCCCCCCCGUUUUUCAUCAGUUGAAGUAUGGAACAUGGUACGUGAUCUACCAAAAUUCACAGACAAUGGAAAAGCGAUCAGAAUUCCAGGAUACGGGGACAAACACAAUUGGACUAAAAGAAGUAUUUUUUGGGACCUCCCAUAUUGGAAAGAUAAUUUAUUGCGACAUAAUCUUGAUGUUAUGCACAUAGAGAAGAAUUUUUUUGAUAAUGUAUUUAAUACAGUGAUGGAUGUCCAAGGCAAGACAAAAGAUAAUGAGAAUGCUAGAAAAGACAUGGAACUAUAUUGUAAUCGAAAAGAUUUAGAGUUGAAGACUCUACCAAAUGGGAAGCUAUUAAAACCCAAAGCUACUUAUAGUCUAACUCCACAAGAAGCCAAGCUUGUUUGCCGAUGGUUAACUGAAUUGAGAAUGCCCGAUGGUUAUGCCUCUAACUUGGCAAGAUGUGCCAACGCCAGCACUGGCAAGGUGACUGGAAUGAAAAGUCAUGAUUGCCAUGUUUUCAUGGAACGACUUCUUCCAAUUGCCUUCAGCUCAUUGCCAACACAAGUGCUCAAUCCACUAACUGAAAUUAGUCAGUUUUUUAGAGAUAUUUGUGCAUCAAUUUUAAGAGUCGAUGACCUAAUUAAGUUGGACCAAGACAUUCCUCUCAUUCUAUGCAAGUUGGAACAAAUUUUUCCACCUGGUUUUUUCGAUUCAAUGGAACAUCUUCCUGUGCAUCUUGCAUAUGAAGCUUUUCUGGGUGGACCUGUUCAAUAUAGGUGGAUGUAUCCUUUUGAAAGAUUCAUGGGUGAUUCAAAGAGAUCUGUGAAAAAUAAGGCUAAAGUGGAGGGUUCGAUAUGUGCACAUUAUUUGCAUCGGGAAACAUCUCAUUUUUGCUCUCAUUAUUUCAAUCACAUGAUGUUAAUUCCAAGAAUCACAAGGAAUGAAGUUAAUGUUACAGAAAGAAGUCAAUUCACCUUAUCCAUCUUCGGACUUCCUGGUCGUAGUUCUGGAAAGACGAAUGUGCACUGGCUGGCCGAAAAGGAAUUGCAAUCUGCUCAUGUUCAUGUAUUGAUUAAUUGCGUUGAAGUUAAACCAUACAUUGAGUUAUAUAAUAACUUCCAAUAUGAACUCACCGGUGAACAAGCAACAACCACUGACAUACAUGCUUAUUUUCCAUCAUGGUUUAAGCAACAAUUGGCAUGUAAUGUCGAAUUAUCUCCACAACUACUCCAUUUGAGAAACUUGGCUGAAGGUUGUUGUAGCCAUGGACAUGUUGAAUUCAGUUUGUAUUUGGCGGAGUACCAAAGGUUGAAGAAGGAGUUUUUAGCUAAACAUCCUGAGUUAGGCGGUCCACGUGGACGAUAUCCUCUUGAUCCAGCUAUUGAUCAGUAUUUGUGGUUGCAAGCAAGUAAGGGAAAGAAGAGAAAUGGAAAAAUUUAUGCUGCAGGGCCUUUAGCUAGCAACUACAAAAAAGGGGAUAGGUAUUCUUUAUUUAGGAGAAUUGCAGACGGGGAAGGAUCUUCACGUCCUCCGACAUUAACCCCUGAAAUAACUGAAACAAUUAAACAACUAGCUCAGAGUGAAGCAGCACGUGAAAAUGAAACAUUGAGAAAAAAACAAAUGGAGUUGGAGGAAGCAUUGAGACUUUCACAAGAGCAAAUGAUGCUUACUCAACAACAAAUUCAACAACAAGUGCAACAACAAAUACAACAACAAAUGCAACAACAAAUGCAACAAAUGCAACAAUUCUUUCGACAACAAUAUGGUGGUGGUGGAUUUGGAGCGGGUGGUAACCAAAGAGUAGUAGACGAGAAUGAUGAACAAAACGAAAAUAAUGCGGACGACCCGGAUCCUUUGUGAAUAUUAUUUUGAAUUUAAAUAUUUUGGAUAAUCAUGAAUUUCUUUAUAUUAAAUAUGCAUUUCUUUAUAUUAAUUAUGCAUUUCUUUAU